AUGAUGGCUCAACCAGUGCAUUACGAUCAAAAUUUAUACCGAUUUCAAGUGGUGGAUUAUGCAGUUUUUGGAUCCAUGUUACUUUUGAGCGCUGUAACAGGGUUGUACUUUGGCUGUAAAAGUAAAAUAUUUAAGAAAACGACGGAACAAACCUUGGAUGAGUAUUUAGUAGGGGGGCGAACAAUGGCCCCCUUGCCUGUGGCUAUGUCACUUAUUGCUAGUUACGUUUCUGGAGUUACAAUGUUAGGUACUCCAACGGACAUAUACAGCUUUGGUAGUCAAUAUAUGCUAAUAGUUGUAGCUAUAUUUUGUAGCGGUUUAGUGAUAACAUUUGUGUACCUUCCAGUAUUUUGUAAACUUAGGGUAAAUUCCUCGUAUGAGUACCUUGAAAUGCGCUUUAACAGGGUUGUGAGAACAAUGGCUUCAUCGUUUUUUGUAUUAGAUGAGUUUAUGUUUCUACCUAUAAUAAUUUACGUGCCAUCCUUAGCAUUUAAUCAGGUUACGGGAAUAAAUAUCUACGUUAUUGGCACUAUAGUCACCCUAAUAUGUAUUUUUUAUACGUUUUUGGGUGGUUUAAAAGCUGUUGUUUGGACUGACACUUGGCAAAUCAUAGCCAUGUUUAUAUCGACUUUAGUUGUAAUUAUAUUGGGAACAAAAGCAGCUGGUGGUGUGUCCCAGGUAUUUGACACUUUUAUCAAAGGAGAUCGACUAAUUUUAUUUGAUUUUAAUACCAGCAUGUAUCAAAGAUACACAUUCUUUAGUGUUGUAAUUGGGGGUUUUACCUAUUGGACUUCGUUUAACGCUGUCAACCAGACGAUGGUGCAAAGAUAUAUGGCUCUACCAAAUCUUAAACAGGCUAGGAUAUCUCUUUUAUUAUUUACUUUUGGUGUUUCAUUGUUUGUUUGGAUAUGUACGUAUGCUGGUACUUUGGUGUAUUCCAAAUACGAAACUUGUGACCCUUUAUCUUCCGGAAGAAUAUCUUCUGAAGAUCAGUUAUUACCGUUGUAUGUUAUGGAAACUGUUGGCAAACUAAGAGGAAUACCUGGACUUUUUAUAGCAGGUGUUUUUGGGGCUGCAUUAAGUUCUUUAUCUGUAGUACUAAACUCUACAGCACAAGUUAUCCUGGAGGACAUAAUCAAAGGAUGUUUCCGUUUUAAACCAACGGAAAAGAGGGGGAAAUUUAUUGUUAAAACAAUCGUUCUAGCUUUAGGUGGUGUAGCCUUAGGAUUUUUGUUUGUUAUCGAACAUAUGGGAGGAGUACUUCAAAUGGCCACUUCCUUUACCUCCAUAGCAGCCGGUACUUCUUUCGGUGUUUUUUCUUUGGGGAUGUUGGUACCAUGGGCGAAUAACAAAGGCGCCAUUUCUGGAGCUUUAUCGGGAUUGUUGAUGUCGGGAACAAUCACUUAUGGUAGUCAGUACGCCGGAGCUACGAAUUUAGUGAUGGCCCAUAAGCUACCUGUUAGUGUGGACGGGUGUUAUAGCACUUACGGGCUUAACGUUACAUACGUGGAACCAGUAUACCCAGACGAAACCAACAUUUUCCCACUAUUCCGGCUAUCCUACUUAUGGAUAACACCCAUAGGUGUUAUAACCGUGCUAACCGUGGGUGCUAUAGUAAGUUUGAUCACGGGCAAAAAUGACGUCACGAAAAUGGACCCAGAUUUAAUUUCUCCCGUGGUACAUUGGUCUUUGCCCAAAAAGGCUUUCGAAAACGUGGGGAAUGCCAAGGAAUUGUUUUACAAUCGUUACAAAAGUAACGAUAAUAUGGUACUUAGGAAUCUUGAGUGA